CUUAUCACCAGCAGAAUUUGUUGAUAAUAUUAUUAUAAAAACUUAAUUUUUAAAUUAAUUUUUUAUAGGAAUUUUUAAAUACUCAUCUUCAGCAUUAUUUAAAACUUUUUUUACCCGAUUCUGGAAUAACGAUUGCUCUAACUGAUAGAUACAAAUCUCAAAAGAAAGAAGCUAAAAUAAUAUCCACGAAACUGUGGAGAGAACAAGACUCAAUAGAAAAACUUGUGGGAGUGGUUGCUGAAAUCCCCAGUGAAGAUGAAAGUAAAUUUUUGAUUAGCGGAGUCAAUGACUUCAGCGUGAUGUACUCCACGCGUAAAGGCUGCAGCCAGUUAUAUCUCGGCCCUGCGGCUUAUCUUAACCACGACUGUCGCCCGAACGUGCGUUUAGUUUCCUCCGGCCCUUCUUCCGUUAGCGUGGUGGUCCUGCGGGAGAUUCAUCCUGGAGAAGAAAUUACGGCGUUUUAUGGAAAACAUUUUUUUGGGGAAAAUAAUAAGAAUUGUAUGUGCGAGACGUGCAUAAGAAGACCCCCUCAGCCCUCAGAAAGCACCUCCGCUUGUUUAGCUGGGCGUCGCAGCUUAAGAAGACGAAAUGCGUGCACCUUACUGGUUAAUAAAAAAGUAGCAGGGCCCAAACGAACUACACUUUUAGAAAGGAUUCCUGAACUACUCCGGCCGUAUGUAACAGUUAAUAAAAAUGGAAGAUACGCAAAAAUAGCAGAGAAAAACAUUUCAAAUAACUAAAGUGUUAAGCACAAUUAAAAAAUACAUAUUUUUUAUAUAAAUCUGUACUAUUCUAAAUUCAUAUGCAAAAGUUUUAAACUAUUAUACCUUUUUUUACUGUUCGUAUGACCACGAGGAAAUAAGAUGAUCAUAAAAAGAGCACGUGGCGAGCGCGUGUCCUGACGAAUGCCAGUCUAUUCCGUAAGCCAA